AUGCGAGCGCUGGUUGUCCCGCUGGUGUUGGUCGGGGCGGCCGCUGGAGGGGUUGGGUUAGCGGCGGCGGCGGCGGCGGCGACGACGGCGACGGGCGGCCCGGGGGGGGAGAAAAAGACGAGGUCCACCUCGACCGCCUCCGGAAGGAGCGCCGCGGAGACCGGCCGUCUGCGUCCAGGAGCGCACGGCGGGGAGCCACUGCGGUGGUCGGGCAACGAGCGCCGCCGGUGGGGGAAGACGCGCUCGGGUCUCUCGAGAGGGCUGGGGACAUGA